GUUUCAGCUCUUCGAUCAGGUGCUCUCAGAGGCCGACGCUGGACGCAGCUGCGACGUAGCCGACCACUGCGUGCAUGUGUGCGCAUUCGUAGUCGCUCUAUUUUGUAUUGCAGACAUGUUGAGCGCGUCCGCUGACUCUCACAAUGCAUUCGGGCGCGCAUCGCUCAUUGUUCGCCGACGAGCGGGCCUGUUCCAACCGCUGUUACUGCUUCUGGAACCACGGAGAGAGAGCGGCGGUGUGUGCGUAAAGAAAAAACGGGAGAGUGAGAAAAAGAAAAAGGUGUCGUCGAAGCGCUCGCCCCUGUGGCCCGGGUGUCAGGCUGCCGCCCCGCUGAGCCGCGGCGGAGGUUUUCUGCGAAAGACAAGAAAAAACAAAGAAGAAACAAACCAUGGCGACUGUCGAAUUUUGGAUCCUGGCCUUCGCCGUGACCUGCGCGAUUUACCCAGACUACGCGCAGGGACAAUUCCUGAAGCGUUUGCGAAGGUGCACGCUACCGCACGAGAGACGGCCCUGGUUCUGGGAGCGAACCGAGCAGUACUGCAGCGCCAGCCGGGUUCUGGAGCAUCGUAGCCGGACCCAGUCUUGCGUCUGCGAGCCCGGAUACUACCGGGAUGAAGAGACCAACAACUGCUACGACGCGAGGCUCUGCGGCCACUGCGACAGCUCCAAGCACGAGCGUUUUAACAGGUGCACCAAUGACUGCGAGGCGGUGUGCGGCAAGCAGGUGAUACAGCAGUGCGACAAGCCCUGCGUUCCUGGCUGCGAGUGUAUGAAGGGAUACAUCAGAAAGCACAAGAACGGACCCUGUGUGCCAAUCCAGACCUGCCCGCCGAAAUGUCCAGCCUACAUGACAUUCGAGAUGCACCGUGAACGUUGUCCUCGUAUAUGCAACGUGGCCCGAGAAGACAGCUGCUCAGAGACGAACGAAGGACCAGGCUGUGCCUGCAGGAAAGGCUUCGUUCUCAGGGCACCGUUCGGCACCGUUCGCACCCGCGUCUGGUGCAUACACGAAUCGAUGUGCACAUUCCCUGACGAAGUAAAAGGAGCUGAUGGAAGGCAGUAUGUGAAGGGUGGCCGAAUGCAUAAAGGAAGCACAGCUGCAAGGAACGACACUUUCUCGGCCUCGAAGCAAGACCAGCGUGGCGUUCAAGAGCCCAUGCCCAAAGGAACUGACGAGGACUUGUUUCUUGGUGGUAAAGGAUUCCCUCCUAUCGGAAACCUGGCCAACAUGGGAGGCCAAAGGAAAUUAGGCGCCGAGAAUGGGGAAAUAGCACAAGGGAAAGUUGCUCCUGGAAAUGAAGAACAAUGGCGUUGGAACCACCGCCAACCAGAGAUUCAAGGUUCCUGGCCUCAAAAGAUCGACCAGGAUUUGUUGCAAGACAAGAAGAGAUUUUCAUCGCUUGGCGGCUUGACCCAGAAGACAGGCGAAGGAUUUCGCGUCAGCCAGGAAAAACGUCGUCUCAAAGGAAGUGAAGAAGUUCGCGGAGCUGGACUUACUGGAAAUGCCAACUUCUGGGGCUGGGACGAGGUUCAUCGAGGCUCGGAAAGUUCUGUGUCUAAAAAAAGGGACAAAGACCUGUAUCGUGGCGUAAAUCACUUUUCUCGUCUGGGAUACAGUAGUCCGACAGCUGGUCAAGGUUCUCAGCUUCGCCAACAAGCAGUUGGCUUCAUUGGCAGCUAUAGUGGCCAUGGAAGAGGAGUUUCCCGUCGCGACCGUUUCUGGGACAGGAACAAGCACCAAGCCAGGUUAGGGAACUCCGCAUUUCAGCAGACCAGCAGCAAUUUGUAUCAGGGCACUGGGGGAUUUACUGCGCAAGGUCACCUGGGCUAUGGAAGUGGUCAAGCAACAGCGAUUGGUCCUCAAGAGACUGGUUUUGAGGGCGCACAAAUGGGUCAAGGACAAUUUCAGGUGCGUGGACGCCCCGUUGAGAGCACUGGUCAAGCCUCUCUGAUAAACCUAGAAGAAACUGGGUUUGAGGGUGGCCAAAGAAUGCAGGUACAAGCAGCUUCUACUAGUAACAACCUCUGGGCCUCGCAGAAGGGGAAACCUGGGUUUCAGGAAAACGUGCCUAAAGGAUACGACGAUACGCAGUCUCUCGGUACGAAAGGAUAUUCUCCUCUCGGCGAUGUGGGCAAUACAAGAGGUCAAGGUUCACUGCUGCUUCGCGGAUCAUUUGUGGGAAGAAAACACGGAGGCAGUUCUGACCAGUGGAAGGAAACUCACGGCGAACAAAGAUAUUUGGGUCUAGGUCUGGGAGGUGAGAAAAGUAAACAAGGUCAGAAUUUCGAUAUAGACGACUGGCUAUCAGGACAACAGAGUAGUACCAUGCCCGACUUCACCAAAGGACAGGAGGGUGACGAAGGUCUUGUGCCAACCAAGAUAAUCGACAACUGGACUCCUGACAAAGGGCAGUUGCAGAAAGGGGCGAGUAAAAAAGGAGGCCUACCCAGUAGUAUCAUGGGGGCAGGCAAUGUUCCCGGUGUGGGUCUACCGGUUGGAAAACUACCUGAUUUGCCCAAAUUAGAUGAAAGUGGCUCCGCAGGCGGCUUUCCCGGUGUGGGAAUUCCAGGAGGGAAUAUUUCAAAUAUUCUGGAUAUACUAGAAGCAAAAGUGAAUGCUCAGAAUGCGAUCAACGAACCUGGACAAAUACAAAUAAUAGGCCGCGGUGGCAGUGCCACAAAAGGAGGUCAACAACAUAUCAGCACAGACAAGAAAACAAGAGCUGCUCUCCCUAGCGGUAUCAAAGGAGGCCUAACCAGUAGCAUCAAAGGGGCAAGCAAUCUUCCUGGUGUCGGAGUGCCGGUCGGGAAAUUACCAGAAUUGCCUAAGUUAGGCGGUAAUGGCGCCGCAAGCGGCAUUCCCGGUGUGGGGACUCCAGGAGAGAAUAUUUCAAAUAUGCUCGAUAUGCUAGAAGCAACAGUAAACGCUCAGAAGGCAAUCAGUGGACCCGGACAAAUAGAAAUAAUAGGCCACGGUGGCAGUGCCACAAAAGGAGGUCAACAACAUAUCAGUACAGAGAGGAAAACAAGAGCUGCUCUCCCCAGCGGUAUAAAAGGAGACCUAACCAGUAGCAUCAAAGGGGCAAGCAAUCUUCCUGGUGUCGGACUGCCGGUCGGGAAACUACCAGAAUUGCCUAAGUUAGGCGGUAAUGGCGCCGCAAGCGGCAUUCCUGGUGUGGGAACUCCAGGAAAGAAUAUUUCAAAUAUGCUCGAUAUGCUAGAAGCAACAGUAAACGCUCAGAAGGCAAUCAGUGGACCUGGACAAAUAGAAAUAAUAGGCCAUGGUGGCAGCAGCACAAAAGGAGGUCAGCAACAUAUCAGUACAGAGAAGAAAACAAGAGCUGCGCUCCCUAGCGGUAUCAAAGGAGGCCUAACCAGUAGCGUAAAAGGGGCAAACAAUGUUCCUGGCGUCGGACUAUCGGUCGAGAAACAACCAGAAUUGCCAAAGUUAGGUGGUAUUGGUGGUCCAGGUAGCAUUCCCGGUGUUGGACUUCCGGUGGAAAAGCAGCAAAGUAAUCUGGAUAUACUCGAAGCAAAAGUGAACGCUCAAAGGGCAAUCAAUGGAGGUGGAGAAAUAGAAAUAAUAGGCCAUGGUGGCAGUGGUACAAAAGGCGGCCAACAACAUAUCAAUAUAGAAACCAAAGUAAGUGCUGCUAACCCUAGCGGUAAGAAAGGAGACCUUACAAGUAGCAACAAAGGGACGAACAAUGUUCCUGGUGAUAGACUGCCGGUCGGGAAACCACCAGAAUUGCCAAAUGUAAGCGGUAAUGGCAGUUCAGGAGGCAUUCCUGGUAUGGCACUUCCAUCAGUGAAACCUGCGAAUAUUCUGAAAACACCUGAGGGAAAAGUAGGUUCUCCUAAAUUGAUCAAUGAACCGGGACAGAUACAAAUACUAGGCCAUGGUGGCACUGGCACAAAAGGAGGUCAUCUUCCGGGCGCUAUAAAGCAGAAAGCAGGCGCUGUUGAUUUGACGCGACAAACCAAGGCUCUCCCUACGCAUCAAACAGUUCAACCAGCAAAGAGCGCUCUUCCUGUUGCUUCUCCCAAAAUUAGUUCACUUAGUGAACAAAAACAACGCACACACUUCGGAGGCCAAGGUACACAAACUCGUCAGGGCAGCACAGCGCAAUCCACUACACUUAGUUGGACGCAACAAAACGAGCUGUUGUCUACUCCUUCAGAGUUUCAAAGACCAAAUGUUGCUUUUCCCGUUCCGAGUGCCACUCCUGCGCCUAAUUACCAACAGUCAGAAAGCACAGAUUUCACAGGUCAAGACAGGUUGUCGCAACAAGGUAACACGGUACAGCCUGUUUCGGUUGAGUGGAAGCAACAAAAACAGCCGUUGUCAGGAUUUUUGCAGCUUCAAAUGGAAAAUGGCCAGUUUCCUCUUUCCGGUGUCGAUGUUGCCUUAAACAAACAACAACGAGACAGUACACGUUUUAAUGGGCAGGGGUGGCGACAACGUCAAACUAACGCGGCAGAACCCGGUUCGACUGUAUGGGUGCAAGAAAAUCAGCCGUCUUCAGGAGUUUCGCAGUAUCCAAGAGCAGCAGCUCCUGGUCCUAUUUCUGGCACUGCUUUCGUAGUCACUAACGAACAGCCAGAUAGCACAGGCCUCGCAGGCCAUGGCUGGCAGUUUCUUCAAGGUAACACAGCGCAACCUAGUGUGGUCGAAUGGACGCAACAAAACAAGGCCCUGUCUGGAAUUUCGAAGUUUAGAAGAGCAACAACUUCUGUUCCUCUUUCGCGGGUCGCAUCAGCCAAUAAACAACCAGUAAGCGCCCAUUUCGCAGGUCAUGGUCGGCAAGCACCUUUUCGGGCCAAGGCGCAACCUAGUGCUGUUAAAUGGAUGCAAAAGAAUGAGCCGUUUUCAGGGACCUCGCAGUUUCAGAAAGCAACGGCUUCUGUUCAUAUUCCUGGUACUACUGCUGUCUCUUCUGUUAGGCAGCAAGAAGGCAGAGAUUUCACACGUAAUAGCUGGCAAACGAGUCAUGGUAACAUGGAGCAACCUAGUGCGGCUUUUUGGACUGAACAAAGCAAGCCAUUAUCAGGAAUUCUAGAGUUCCAGAGAGCAACUGCUCUUUACCCUCUCCCAUAUGCCGCUAUCGCCUCUAAUAACCAACAAACAGAAAAUACCCAUUUGACAACUGAAGGCUGGCGCACGCUUCAAAGUAACACGCAACAACCUGGUUUGGUUGACUGGACACGCCAAAAUGAGCCACUGGCAGACAUUCCACAGUAUCAAAGAGCUAUGGGUUCCGCUUCCUUUUCUGGUGCCACUGCUGCCUCUACUAAUGAACAGCUUGAAAACACAGAUUUCAGGGAUCAGGGUUGGCAAGCACGCCAUGGUGUCCCGGUGCAAACCGUUGGUGUUGACUGGACCCACCAAAAUGAGCCAUUACUCGGACUUUUGCGGUUUCAGAAAACCAAAGGCUCUGUGGUCCCCUCAGAAUGGACUUCUGGCUCCCACAUCGUACAAAAAGAAGCCACGGAUUUCUCAGGCCGGAAUGUGCGAAUGCAUCCAAGCAACACGGUGCCGUCUAGCACAACCGAUCGGGCGCAAGAAAAUAACCCAGUAUUUGUGUAUCGAACGGUUCAGAGACCAACGGCCACUGUUUCUCUUUCUGGUGCCACUGUUGCUUCAAGUAAUUCGCAAAAGAAGAACAAGGUCUUCGCCGACAAAUUGCGUCAAACUGGUUAUUCUGGCGUGGCACAACCGGGUGCUAUCAAGUUCACGCAGAAAAAUACGGGUGUUGAUUCGCUUUCCGAUGCCGCCAUCCCCCCUAAUCGGCAACGGAAAAGCAGGGAUCUCACGGGGAUAUAUCCCCAAGCGAGUGCAGGCAGCAAGGCACAACCGGCUGCUGUUGGUUGGAUGAAACGUAACCAACCCUUCAAACGGCUUCUUGAGACCCCUAGUGCUGUGUCUUCUCUUCCUCCUUCCGGUGCAUCUGCUCUGUCCAUCAAUCAGGGACAAGGAAGUGCAUAUUUCACAAGCAACUUUCUUCCAAUUGGUCAUGACAGCGUGGCACAGCCAGGCAUUAUCGAUUGGGCGGAGCAACAACCUCCGCUCUCAAUGCUUCCAGAGUUCCAAAGCUCAACGGCCUCCUCUCAUCUUUCUGGUGCCUCUGUUGCCUCCAUUGGCCAGGAAAAAGGAAGCGCGGAUUUAGAAACUGGCAAGGCUUCCCAGCCGAAUGAUGAAAACAUGAAGCCACAAGGUGCUAUAUAUAGGACGCAGCAAAACCAUCCCCGCUCACAGCUACCAGUGUUCCAACGUGUAACAGCCUCCUCUGCUGCUCUUCUUAGUGCCGCUGCUGCCUCCGGAAAUGAGGUAAAAAGAACUAUCGAUUUAAAAGGCACCGGCUCUCAAAUGCAUCAUGAUAGCGUGACAAAGACAGGUGUCCUUGACGGCUUGAGAGGUGAAGGCUCGCAAACGGGCCACGGUAGUACGGCUCAACCAGUAGCGCAAAACAUAAACGUCGGGGGAGAAACAGAGGGAGCUUUGGAUAAGCAAAAGGAGACGUCAGGGCAGCGCAUCGUGCAUUCAGGAAUUCACGUUGGCAAAAAAGUGUUCGAUGGCCUGUAUAAUAUGUGGCCCUACGGUGGGUUCUUCCAGUACUCGAUGCCUACAAUAGGUACUGGUCAACAAGAGGUCGGGAAUUAUCCAGACGUCUAUGGUGGUUACGGUGCGCCAGGGCAACCAUCCUUUGGUGAGGAUAUGAUGCCAUUCGGAUAUCCGACUGUCUAUCCCACCCCUUUUGUUCCAAUGACAAAUACAUGGGGGCAACCCAAAGCAGUAACGGAUGAACUUCAAGCGCAGCAACAGCGUGUCCCAGAAAGUGAUAUACCUGCUUCGCCAAGCUCGCUGUCCAACCAGAACGCUCAGAAAACGGAGCCUGAAGUUUCAACACCCGGAGUCAAAGGAAUCGGUGUUUCUGGUGUGCCGCAUAAAAGGACUGCUGGCGUUGCGCCAGCAGCAAAAAAUUACGCUUUUGAUGACAGUAGUCUGGACUCUUGGUAGUAUGUAGCUGAGCCUUGUCGCCAUGAAUCAGUCAAACAAUGGCGCAAGCAUACGACCGCGCUCUUGAGAUGCCGACGCCAAGCUAGUUUGUCUUGUUUGAGUUAUGCGUUUCAGUGGUAAAUCUCAGUGGUCCACAUUUCCUCUAAAAGCGGACAAAAAAGAGCUUGUAUUUAUACCAGCUGAAGCUCUAUGUGAGACAAUAGACCAACAAGCUUGGUGGUGAGCACCAACUCAUAGAAAAGGCCACGGACACCGGACACAAACAUAGGCUAUUUUUAUUUAGUUGACAUGUAAGUAAUGUUGUGAAACAUUUAUUAUGUAUUGAGAAGCCGGAGGUACCUUACUAACAGAUUGUGAGAUCUCUGCGCCCAUGAUAUCACAAAACAAUCAGUAUUUUUAAGCUCCACUAGCGCAGUAUGCGGCGUCGAAGCAUAUUAGAAGUUGGGGAACACAAGGAAGUACAAUCAGAUACGGUUAAGUUUAAAGCCAGCAUUUUAUUGUUAGGUUUCCUGUCGUCUCGAACACACCUUCUUCAUUCUGCACAAUUUCCUUGCUACGAAAAACGACUUACCGCCUUUGAGCAAAAAUUUUACCGUUUCUAUCAUAUGACGUGGGAGCCUCAUGUUUUUAUUGCUGAAAUUAGUCAUUCAUAUCACAUGUGAAAUGUUUUAAAUGAUUGGCAAUGUUUUAGUAGUUCCAUUCUAGGUCCGUUUUGUCAUCUAAUCAGUUAUAUGAAACACUCAAUGGAAGGACGGGAAAUGAUGCAAUAUAUAAUGGCUAAGACUCUUGGCCUGGCAACAUCACAGUGCCAAGACACUGCGUUCACCAGGUAGACGUCUACUUAUUCCUCCAUUUAGCUCUAGCUUCUAGCGUUCCCUAUUUUCUUAUCUCAGGAACCUUCUAGGAAUGUUCAUGGCACGUUGUUGCCUUUCGGUGUAGAUCAAGUGGCUUUCACUUAUGGCAAUAAAUACUCGCACACUGUAUAAGACUGCAUAUAUCUUGACACCAUAAAGGGUACUCAUGAUUGAUCAAAGCAAUGAAGUGUCGAAUGUGUUGGCAAUGUUGUGCGGAAGCUGUUUUGAGGUAACAACACUUUUGAGGUAACCAUCCAGGGCACCCAUGACUCAUUAAAAAUUGCCACAGGUUUCAUUGUGAACGCAAAAGAAGGCUCUAAAAACAUUAUAAGGUUUUACCGGCAGCAUGUUGUGAACAGCACAUGAAGUAUAGUUGCAAAAAUAUGACCUACAUGAGGAGAUAUUGCACAAUGUUCUUUGAAUCAGGGGUCGGCAACCUUUUGAGGCGGGGCGCCGGGUUUCAUGGAGCUGAUACGGCGGAG